AUGAUUAAUAUCGCCGGCGUUGUCAGUAUCGUUCUGUUCUAUAUUUUGAUUCUUGCCGUCGGCAUCUGGGCGGGCCGGAAAAAAGAAAGCGGAAAUGAUUCGGAAGAGGAAGUGAUGCUCGCCGGCCGCUCUAUUGGCCUGUUCGUCGGCAUAUUCACCAUGACCGCCACAUGGGUCGGCGGAGGCUAUAUCAACGGAACGGCCGAAGCGAUUUACACGUCCGGACUGGUCUGGUGUCAGGCACCGUUUGGUUACGCCCUGAGUCUCGUGUUCGGUGGCAUCUUUUUCGCCAAUCCGAUGCGCAAACAGGGCUACAUCACCAUGCUGGACCCGCUGCAGGACAGUUUCGGCGAGCGGAUGGGAGGCCUGCUGUUUCUGCCGGCGCUGUGCGGCGAGGUGUUCUGGGCCGCCGGUAUCCUGGCCGCACUUGGCGCGACCCUGUCGGUGAUCAUCGACAUGGAGCAGGAGACUUCCGUCAUCCUGUCGGCGUGCAUCGCCGUGUUCUACACGCUGUUCGGCGGCCUGUACUCCGUGGCGUACACGGACGUGAUACAGCUGUUCUGUAUCUUCAUCGGGCUGUGGAUGUGCAUCCCGUUCGCGUGGACCAAUGACCACGUGAAGAGCCUAUCCUCGAUGGACGUCGACUGGAUCGGCGAGAUCGGCGAGGGCUACCACUGGUUCUACGCGGACUACGGGCUGCUCCUUGUCUUCGGGGGCAUUCCCUGGCAGGUGUACUUCCAACGAGUGCUUUCCAGCAAGACGGCCGGCCGUGCGCAAAUCCUCUCCUACGUCGCCGCGUUCGGCUGCAUCCUGAUGGCCAUUCCACCGGUCCUGAUCGGAGCCAUCGCCAAGGCAACGCCGUGGAACGAAACCGACUACAAAGGCCCGUGGCCACUGACGGCACAGGAAACGAGCAUGAUCCUGCCGAUGGUGCUGCAGUACCUGACGCCGGACUUUGUCUCCUUUUUCGGGCUGGGUGCCGUCUCGGCUGCCGUCAUGUCGUCGGCCGACUCGUCCGUGCUGUCCGCGUCCUCGAUGUUCGCCCGCAACGUGUACCGGUUGAUCUUCCGGCAGCGCGCUUCCGAGAUGGAAAUCAUCUGGGUCAUGCGUGUCUCGAUUCUGGUCGUCGGCAUCCUCUCGACGAUUAUGGCACUCACCAUCCCAUCCAUCUACGGGUUAUGGUCGAUGUGCUCCGAUUUGGUCUACUGUAUUCUGUUCCCGCAGCUAUUGAUGGUGGUCCACUUCAAGCACCACUGCAACACUUACGGCAGCCUGGCGGCGUACAUUAUCGCGUUCCUGGUGCGGCUAUCGGGCGGUGAGUCGAUGCUGGGCCUCCCGGCCCUGAUUCACUAUCCGGGAUACAACGAAGAGACGGCCACGCAGAUGUUCCCCUUCCGCACGAUGGCCAUGAUGAUGAGCCUGAUAACGCUGAUCGGCGUGUCCUGGUGGACGAAAUGGGUGUUCGAAACGGGUCGGUUGGCUCCAAACUACGACUACUUCCGCUGUGUCGUGAACAUUCCGGAGGAGCUUCAUCGCGUUGGCGAACCGUCGGAUUCGGGCGAACAGCUGUCGGUGAUGGCCGGCGGUAUGACGCGCAUGUACGGCGCGGCCACGAUGGUCGGCAAGGACGAACGGAACGGACGAAUAAAUCCGGCCCUGGAACCGGACGAUGAUCUGCCGGUGGCCGAGGCGCAACGACAGAUGCAGUCGCUGUCGGCCGGGGGCGGUGGCGGUGCCGCGCAGGGCAGCGUGGUGCCGAGCACCGGGCCGGCCCAGGGCCACACCGCAUUUUGA